AAAACACAUCAGAAGUCCGUCCAUCAGCUUCACUGCCAAGGAAGAAAAGAGCACAACCAUCCCAUUACUCCUACCAUAGCCAAUCAGAGAGUUAGUUUCAUUUCCAUUUUGCCAUCAUCAUGGACUACCAACAGUGCAGAUUUGCCAAAUACCCGCCAUCAUUUGAUUUCCUGACCCGUAGGAUGUCCCAACAACUCCUUCUCUCAUCAAGCGGAACUCCACCAAACCCACCCAUGUCUCAAGAAACCUUCAAUUAUCUCUGGGACGCUCUUGGAGAUGUCACAAGUCAUGGAGAUUACACCCAUAUAACAAGGGAUAUUGAAUAUGAUUACUCAAAUGAGGAAGAGGAAACCACUCUCCAAGUGGAAAAGUACCAAAUUCAUACACCAGAUACUUUUUCUGAACUGCUGAACCCCAUCAUCGCCCAGACAUCUGUGUCCCCAGAUUCCAAGUCACACAUCAUCAGCAGCUCAGCAAGCCCAUACCAUGAUGGUCCUAUCACAUCACCACCACCAUAUUCACCAAACAGCCUUCAAUCACCAGUACCAGCAGUGCCUUCCAACACAAAUUAUGCAGGGGAAUAUGGGUUUGAGAUCUCAUUUUCACAACCAUCGAAGGAAACUAAGUCAACAACUUGGACAUAUUCUGACUUGUUGAAGAAGUUGUACGUGCGUAUGGCCACCACCUGUCCUGUGAGGUUUAAAACGGCACGGACACCACCUAAUGGGACCAUCAUACGUGCCAUGCCCAUCUUCAUGAAGCCAGAACAUGUUCAAGAGGUGGUCAAGCGAUGUCCGAAUCACGCCACAUGUAAAGAGCACAACGAAAAUCAUCCUGCCCCGACUCACUUAGUCCGCUGUGAGCACAAGUGCGCGCAGUACGUGAUGGAUGACUACACUGGCAGACAGAGUGUCGUCAUACCUAAUGAAGCGACACAAGCUGGAUCUGAAUGGGUGGUGAACCUGUUCCAGUUCAUGUGCCUGGGGUCAUGUGUGGGUGGCCCAAACCGUCGCCCCAUCCAGAUCGUCUUCACCUUGGAGAAAGAUCAGAAAGUGUUGGGGCGACGUGCGGUGGAGGUGAGGAUAUGUGCAUGUCCUGGCAGAGAUAGAAAGGCGGACGAGAAGGCAGUGCUCCCUGCCAAACCUUCCCCAAAGAAAGCAUUAUCGAAAAUGACAGUUGGCACAGAAAUUACAACUAUUGGAGCCAAAAAAAGGAAGUUGAAUGAUGAGGAUACCUACACUUUAACCGUCAGAGGGAAGGAGAACUAUGAAAUUUUGUGCCGACUUCGAGACUCGUUGGAGUUAUCUUCAUUGGUUCCUCAAGCCCAAGUUGAACAGUAUCGACAGAAACAGGUUGAACUGCAAAAAACAGUGCCUCCAGCUAAAUUAGUUUCUAUCCAGAGCAGCGGGAACGGCUCGGUAGAGUCGCGCCAGAGUAGUCUCCCCUUCACCACGGGCAACCAGGUUGUCAGCUCAGCAACACUGACGCCUCCAGACCAGACUCCGAACAACAGCGAUGUCAAAGUUAUUGUCAACACUCUGAAUCCACCUGUUGACACCACCAUUGCAAAAUGGUUGACCAAUCUUGGCCUGUCAGCUUACAUUGACAAUUUCCAUCAGGCUGGCUUGUACAACCUUUUCCAGUUGGAUCAGUUUCAGCUUGAGGAUUUGUCUAAGAUGAAAAUCGGAACAGCUCAUCGAAAUAAGAUUUGGAAAGAGUUGUUGGAUUUCCGCCGCACAGCAGACAUUGUCAACAGCCAAUCACAGGCCAUGGAUAGGACAUCCAGUUCUACAUCCACUAUCAGCCUGAACUCGCAGUCGAGUACUUACUGCCCGGGAUACUUUGAGGUCACUCGAUACACCUUCAAACACACCGUGUCAUUAACAAAGGAGGAUCACGAUUACUGCCUGGGCAAGAAACGCCGAUCUUCAGACCGUUGAUCAUUAUGACCCCUGAUCAUUAUGACCCCAGUGUGCAAAACCAUGAAUGUUUGGCCAAUGAAACAUCCAUUUUUGUUGCAAUAUUUUGGACUGAAAGAGCCAUUAAUGAGCAGCAUUCAUCCAUCUUGAAUGUCUCCUGUAUGAGAGUUGUCAUAGUAAUUUUUCCAUAACUGUGUUGUGGUUGAAUGAAAUCAUUUUUAUAGGGGCCUAGCCAGCAUGAAAUCACCUUCUUUACCAACUUCCUGUGAGAAAUAACCUUUAGGUUGCACGACUUAUGCAUUCUUUGUCUUAAUAAAGUCGUAAUGAAGUGAGCAAGUCGAAAAUGAGAGUAUCAAAUUACUAAUGUUAUACCAUAAUAAACUUCUGAGGCGCAAUGGUUAAUGUAUAUAGUCAAAUCCAUCUUUAAGUUUACAAAAAUAGUCUGGGUCCCUAUUGUGGCUUGUUUGUUGAGGAAAACUCAAGUGUAUUUGUCCUGGUUAAGUGUGUGUGAUACAUACGCAAAGUAUUUAUGCGCUGUUUUAAGUAUUUCCUUAUUGUAAGUAUGAAUAUGACACAGAGAGUUUUGCAUUUCCCCAUGUGUUCAAACAAUGGUAAACUUACCAUUCAAAAAGCGAAAUCCGUCCAUCUCUUUAAAGAGAGAUAGAGAUCAACUUAUUUGUUCCUGUGUAUCUUCAUUGUUUUUUUUAAUUUGUUAACUUUUCCUACUGUAUCACCAUAUAAAUAUAGUAUAUAACAAUCCAAGUACAUUCCGCAUAGCUUGUAAAUAUUGAAAAAAUAGAGUUGACAAAAAUGCCACCAAAUCUAAUGUAUCUUCAUGGGUUUUGUUUCUUAUUUUUUUCUUUAUUGAGUAUUUUACAUACUUUUUAUGGAAGAUAUAGAAAACACUGCUGUUUUCAGAAAUAACCAGUAUUUUCCAGUUGGAAUUCACAGCAAAGUUUUAUUGUUUUGGCUUUUAGUUUUGUUGUGGCCUUAAAGGGACAUGUUAGAAGCAUGUCUUAGUAACAUGUCAACAUUUUUGUUUUGUUACCUUUGUAAAACUUUUCAAAAUCUUAAAACUUAGAGCACUGUGAGGUGUUAUGUUCAUAGCUUUUACCACAUAAAUGGUUCAUGCCAAAAGAGAUGGUUAGAUGAAGUAAAUUAAAACUGUGCUGACUUAAAACUUACAAGAGAUGAAAUGACCUUAUUUUGUUAAGUACAUGUACCUUAUGUACUGUAUUUGUUUUUUGUUUUUUUUUGUUUUUUUGGAUUAAUUUGUAUGAAUAUCAGGGAAAUCAACGGUACACGAUGUAUGUUGGACCAAGAAACACAUUUGGCAACUUUCUAGUUUAUGGGCUGAAUGUUUAGAUUUAAAUAAAUGUUUAUUAGCAGUGACAGGUGCUUUCCUCAUGUUCAAAAGGGUAUUUAUACCUAGAAUGCAAUGCCCUCCACAUCCCAAUGAUUUAAACAGUUGUGUUAGGGCCCCAUUAUGGUGGUUAGCAAUGUGUUAGAGGUUUGUUCCAAUAAUAGAGAGGAUGCCGCUUAGUUCAAGUAGGGAUUUGCAUACUGCAUCAAAUAGUGAAGCACUGGUAUAUGCUGUCACGGAGAGUUAUUGUGUUGGAACCGGAGCAGAGGAUUUCUGUUAUGAUCGUAAGAAUUUGUAUUUGCAAGUGUGUUAUUUGGGAGGGGAAUACACGGUAUCAUGCACUGCCGAUAUCAUGCACACCCGAUCAUCAUAUUCAUUGGGCUCACGACAUCCGGAGUACAUACAUGUACAUACGAAUUCACAUACUGCAGGUAUAUUGGUCAAACGUUGGAGACUUUUUUUUCAAAAUGGCGACCAAAUAUUAUAAAGGUCACGUGAGACAAGGUGCUGCAAUCAAAUCACAAUUCCAUCGCGUUUAUUACUCAAAGAUUCCGU